AGUAUGAAGCUCCGCUGUUCUGUGUGCUAGCUGCUUCAAGUCUAACAACAGUCAUUCAAUAUGACAACCACUGCUGUAUAUGUAUAAAACCCGCUUUGCUUUUUCAACUAUCAGAUCGCCGACUGUGAAAAAGAGGAAGCACCGAAUGAAGGAGCGUGACCAGAUGGCAGGAGUAUUUGACAUAGACUUGGAGACGGAGGACAUCAGUGAUACAGAGGAUGAUGUCUGUGACUUCACGGUGACAGAGCCAGAGAAUGUACAGACAGAGGAAGUGGAGCUGACCAGUGAGAGUGUCAACAGAGACAGUGAGAGAGUUGGACCUGAUUGCUUUGAGCUGCUCACUGUGCUGGGAAAAGGAGCGUAUGGCAAGGUUUUCCAGGUGAGGAAGGUUCAAGGCGCCCAGUUGGGGAAAAUAUUUGCCAUGAAGGUCCUAAAAAAGGCUAAGAUCGUGUGUAACGCUAAAGACACGGCCCAUACGAGAGCAGAGCGUGAGAUCCUGGAGACGGUGAGACACCCGUUCAUCGUGGACCUUCUCUACGCCUUUCAGACGGGGGGGAAACUCUACCUCAUACUGGAGUGUCUGAGCGGUGGGGAGCUGUUCAUGCAGCUGGAGAAGGAGGGUAUCUUCAUGGAGGACACUGCCUGUUUCUAUUUAGGAGAGAUCACACUGGCUCUGGGUCACCUCCACUCUAACGGUAUCAUCUACCGUGACCUCAAACCUGAAAACAUCAUGCUCAGUCACCAAGGACACAUCAAGCUGACUGACUUCGGCCUCUGCAAGGAGUCAAUUCACGAUGGGAGUGUCACACACACCUUCUGUGGCACCAUAGAAUACAUGGCUCCAGAGAUCUUGACCAGGUCAGGUCACAAUAGAGCAGUAGACUGGUGGAGCCUGGGGGCCCUGAUGUACGACAUGAUGACCGGAUCGCCUCCAUUCACAGCUGAAAACAGAAAGAAGACCAUCGACAAGAUCUUGAAAUGUAAACUCAACCUGCCGCCAUACCUGACCAUCGAUGCCAGGGACCUCAUCAAGAAGCUGUUGAAGAAGAAUCCAUCCCAGAGACUUGGCUCUAGUAAAACAGACUGUGCUGACAUUCAGAAACAUCCAUUCUUCAGGCACGUCAGCUGGGAUGACCUGCUGAACAAGAGAGUGGAGCCACCAUACAAACCACAGCUGCACUCAGACGAGGACGUAAGUCAGUUUGACACCAGGUUUACCAGACAGACACCGGUGGACAGUCCAGAUGACACCAGGCUCAGUCACAGCGCUGAGCUCGCCUUCGCUGGCUUCACCUACGUGGCUCCUUCGGUCCUAGAGAGUCUGAAAGAAGGCUUCUCGUUCGAACCCCGAACACGAGCCGUACGCCGACACAACAGCAGCCCGCGCACGCCCAUCAGUCCUCUGAAAUUUUCCCCCGCCGGACCCUUCAAGUCCAGCAUCGACGGAGAGCCGGACCUGUUCUCCCCCAUCUCUCCGCCGGCAGCUCCGGUUUCCAUGCCACUGGAGAAUGGAGCCGCCAGUCAGCCAAUCAGGACCCCCGCCAGGAACAAGAAGCAGAAGGCACACCGGAGAUGAAGAGGAAGACUUUGUAAGACCUCGGUCAGAUUUUUAUAAGGGUCAGGGCAGGGAGCUGGUGUUGUUUGUUUGUUGCUGGUACCAUAUUUAAUUUGAAGUGGUUUAACAUGGGCGUUCACUGAAAAACCAACAUAUUUUUUAUUUUGAAAUUGCAAUCUUCUAUUACUUCCUGUUUAUAAUAAUAACUAUCUACAGGUAGAAUAUCCACUGGAGCAGUGUGCAACUUCCAUGCUUUUACUUUCUUCAAGCUACUUCAAAGAACUCCAGUUUUCUUGUGAAUCACAGAUGGUCACCUGACUGUAUAAAGCUUUAAUUUACAGGCUCAGUAUGUCACUUAUAGAUCUGUCCCACUUUGGCACUAAUGCAUGGGAAACAAUGAAAAUAUAUUCUAAAGACAGCACUAGAAAAAAGGGCGAUAAUCCCUUGAUUUUUUUCUUCACCAAAUUCCCUAAAUUUAUUGUGAGCGUACAAGGUCAGGUAAGUGACUGAUUGAUCGGUACCAGUGUUUAAUUUUGCAUGUACAUGGUAAUCUAAUUACAGAAAAAGGGAAGCUGUGAUAUAAAGUUUUUUGGGAGGGUUUAAUUAGUUCAGAAGCUUUUUAAUGAGUUCAUCAGAGUUUGUGCAAAAGAGGUCGGCUAUCACAGACUGACGUUUUAAUUAGAGAACUGAUAAAGGUUCACAUGAUUGAAGGAAGUCUUUUCCAUUAUGGGGUGAAGUGUUGAAACUGACCUUCAAGACAUCAGGUUAUCAAGUAACUUCUGGCUACGCAACCUUAAAAAGUAGCGAGAUAAGUCGUGUGCCGGGUUGUAACUGUAUCAUAUAGGAAUCUACUGAAUGAAAUGCUACAAACGGCACAAAUCUAAUAAUGUAUGCGUGAAUGUCAGAUUUGAUCUGCAGUGAACGUUUCUAUGAAAAAUAUGCCGACUUUCAUCAGAUUCUCAUGUCUCCGAGCUUUCUUUACAGAAUCAUUACGCCUACUGCCAAAGUUUCUCACAAACGCUAUCCUCAUAUUGUACAAAUGGACCAAUCACACUAGAGUAGAGUGCACUUAUCAGGAGGGGUAUACGCCAUGUAUUAAUGUGGGUAACAGGGAGUUUUUCAUCCUCUUAUCACCCUUCCUCAAAUUAGCGCCUGUAUAGAAAUGAAAACCCCAGUGUUCUUAGAAACGUAGAUAUCUAUACAAUCAGUACAAUAUACAGUCAGAACUAGGCCUGUCACUAUAAUUACAUUAUCAACCUAUCAUACAAUAACGUAAUUGUCAACUUCAUCAUAUCUAUACAUGGAUUUAUCGUGGACAUGACUUUGAUCUCAGUUUUGCCACACUUCUCAUUGGCUAAGCAAUGUGACAUGGGAUAAAAGGUAAUAGAAUUAAAGGUAAAUAACUGUCCCGGCCCCAAUCCCACCCCCAACCCUCCUUGCAUUAUUAUACUAUUAUAUUAUCA